UUCCACUCUUCCUGUUCUAUUCCUUGCUUCUUCAAUUCUUCCUUGAUUCUCUCUCAUUUCUCUGCUCCGCAAGUAUCGAACCUCGCGUUCUGGUAGAUUUUUCUUGUCCAGACCUUGAAUUUUGCGGGUCUUUGUUUCUCCCCUGUUUUCGUAGUUGCAAACAAACCACUUCACCAAGAUGAUUCAGCUCUUUUUUACGGUCAUAACUGCCGAGAUGGGUCUGAUUAUGAUUCUAUUAUUUAAAACCCCUCUGAGAAAGUUGGCGAUCUUAGGUUUGGAUCGGGUGAAGCGAGGGCGGGGGCCGGUGGUGGCGAAAACUGUCGGAGGGACCGUUUUCGUGGUCUUUUUGUCUAGUGUGUUCAGCAUGAUGAAGAUCCAGAAGCGUUCCAUGGAUGAUGGUGCCGUUAAUCCGACUGAUCAAGUUCUUAUGGCCAAGCAUCUGCUCGAAGCGUCUCUUAUGGGAUUCUCCCUGUUCCUUGCAUUGAUGUUAGACAGACUGCAUAAUUAUAUCAGGGAACUGCGCUUGUUGAGGAAGGACAUGGAGGCUGUGAAGAAACAAAACCGAGGUUUUGAGGAUGGGAAGAAUGGAAUUUCAGAGGAAAUGAAAGCAUUGGAGAAUGAGGUGACCACCUUGAGGGAGAAGGUUAAGCACCUCGAAACUGAAUGUGAGACAAAGACAAAAGAAGCAAAGGCUGGAGAAGCAAAUGCAAUGGCUCUGAAGAAGCAGUCGGAAGGGUUCCUUCUUGAGUAUGAUCGCUUGUUGGAGGACAACCAAAACCUUCGGAACCAGUUGCAAUCAGUUGACCGAAGGUUGUCGCGUUCUGAUAGCAAGAAGAAUACAUAAGGUGACCAUGGAAGUGGCGGUUGACAGUUCUCUAUUUUCCAGAUUUCUUCUUGUUUGAUGCGUCAAGGUCUAUCCGGCUUGGUGUUAUAGGCAUGAAAAUCCAGGAGAGUCGGUAUUAUAGGAAUGAAAUCCAGGAGAGGGAUGAAACAAUGCAAAUGAUUGAGGCUUUGUUUCUUUUUCUUUUUCUAUCUGGUUUGUAUAAUCAGUUCUAGGCUUUUAGCAAGGGCAAAACGUUUGAUUAUUCAAUUUUGUCAGUUGAUUUGCAUGCAUAAUUUAAGACUGAUAAUGGAGAUUGGCAGAUGUGAAGUGGACAGAAAUAUACUCAAAAAUCCGUUUUCCUA